AUGGCUCCGUCGGUCCUCCGGCUGGGCGCUGCUGCCCUAGCCUGUGCCUCGAGCACUCUUGCUGUCGAGACGUACCAGCUCAAGGAGUCAUAUAACCCGUCCAAUUUCUUUGACAAGUUCACCUUCUUCAGCUCUCCCGACCCCAACCAGGGUUUCGUCAAGUACAGAAGCAAGCAGGACGCCACCAACCUCGGCCUUAUCCAGAGCACCAAGGACGAGGUGACCAUCAAGGUCGAUUCGACCGGCACGGACAAGGACGGCCGGAGCAGUGUCAGGAUCGAGAGUGUCAACACCUACAACUCGGGCCUGUUCAUUGCCGAUUUCUCCCACUUUCCCAAGCCAGCAUGCGGUGCUUGGCCCGCCUACUGGAUGGUUGGACCCCAGUGGCCUCUGGACGGCGAGGUCGACAUCUACGAGGGCUGGAACUUGAACACGGCCAACAAGGUUGUGCUUCACACGGACGGCCCUUCCGUCGUGGGCUCUUGCACUGUCAGCCAGGAGGACUUCACGGCCUCGUUGCGCUACAGCAACUGCUGGGACAAGGCCCCGGACCAGCCGGGUAACACGGGCUGCGCGGCGGACGAGCCCGAUGGAACAUUUGGUGGCGCGGCCGGAGGUGUCUACGCUACUGAGUGGAGUGAGACCGGCUUCAAGAUCUGGUCCUGGACACACGACAACGUCCCUUCGGACGUGAAGAGCGGCAAGCCCGACCCGAGCACGUGGGGCAUGCCCGUGUUCGCCGCCGGAGGUAGCACUUGCGACGUCACCAAGACCUUCAACAACAUGCGCAUCAUCCUGAACAUCAACCUCUGCGGCGAUGCCGCCGGCGGUCUCUGGGGCGAGACCUGCCAGGCGGCGACCGGGGUGGCCCAGUGCGCCCAGUACGUGCAGCAGAACCCGAAGGCGUUCGAGCAGACCUACUGGAAGAUUCGCGGCAUCGACGUGUACCAGCUCGAGACGGUCAAGCCGAGCUCGACUGCCGCCUCCAGCACGUCAACUACAAGCAGCAAGUCCAGCACUUCGAACACCUCCGCUGCUUCAUCUACGAGCACCUCCGACAGCACCCCGAGCAGCACGUCGACCAAGUCGACCAAGUCGACCGCUCCUACCUCGACCACUGGGGCUUCGACCUCGGCUACGGAGACCUGCACCUCGGAUGUCACCACGGAAAGCGCCACCGAGACCGUGACCUCGACCUCCUCGAGCGGGCCCGCUACCGAGACGGAUACGGAAAGCGACUGCCCUGAUGACAAUACCCCCUCCACCACGUUCCCACCCGACGUCACCGGCACCUCGGGCACGGCCACGGCUACGGCCUCGGUCUCGGCCACUGAGACUGCGACCGAGACCGAGAGCGAAUGCUCCGACGACAUCUCCGAGACGGCUACCGUCGGGCCCACCGACUCGUCCACGAAGGUGACGGCCACCGCCGCGCCUACCGACUCGUUCACGGAGGUGACGGCCACCGCCUCUACCACGGAGUUCACCACGUCCACCAUCUACUCGACCGUCACGUCCACCAUAACCUCGUGCGCGCCCACGGUGACCAACUGCCCGGCCCGCACCGUCACCAGCGUCAUCGUUAUCGGCACCACCGUCUGCCCCGUGACCGAGGUCAAGCCGACCGAGACUGGCGGGGGCGUCCCCGGUACCGGUGUUCCCAGUGCCAGCGCCCCGGGUGCCGGCUCCCCGAGUGCCGACGUUCCCAGCUCCAACGUCCCCGGCACCGGCGUCGUCCCUACUUCCAGCGUCCCCACUGUCAGCGUGCCCGCUCCCGGCGGCCCGAUCGGAGGCGACACCACCCUCCGGACGUCCACCACCGUCUACCGAACGACCACUGUCGUCGUCCCGCGCCCGACCGACGGCUCGGCGGGUGGCGGCGACAACGACAACAACAACAACAACAACAACAACGAGGAGGAGGGCAGCGGCGAUAACAACGAGACCGCCAGCAGCUCCACCCUCGCGCCCAGCUUCGUGUCCCCGCCCGCCUCGAGCUCGGCCAUCCCCGACGAGCCGGAGCAGGCGCAGCCGACCGACACGGGCGCGGGCGUGCCGCCCGUCGAGAUCGUGACCAGCACCAGCCCGUCGGCCACGAGCAGCGGUCUGUCGCCCGUCGUAACUGCCGGCGCGGGCAAGGUGGCUGCCAGGAGCGCGGUGCUGAUGGGCGUCGGCGCCGUGGUGGCCUUGGUCAAUCUCUAAACCAAGACUUGAUUCUUUCCUGUAUGUACACGCACCUAGGGAGGGCUCCUUUUUGAUUGAUUAAUCAUUCGAAUAAGGGGGAGUGUCUCGAAUAUUGGUUACACUCUGGAGAUACAUCUGUUAUACGGAAGGCCCCUUGUUUUAGUUAUUUUGUUUUUAGAAUUGAAUUCUCCCGUGU